AAUGAAAUCCUGCUAGAGAAGAAAAAGAAGAAAAAGAAACUUAAACUGAAAUUUCCCAGAACAGCAGAAGAGAAAAAAAAGCAAGCAGAGAAGAGAAGAAGGGCUGAAGCUUACAAAGAACAGCAGCAGCAGAACUUUGUGGAUUUGGCCUGCGAAUGCAGGGCUGUGAUCUGCUGUCGGGUGACGCCGAAGCAGAAAGCCAUGGUGGUUGAGCUUGUGAAGAAAUACAAGAAAGCCAUUACUCUGGCUAUUGGGGAUGGUGCCAAUGAUGUAAACAUGAUUAAAACUGCCCACAUCGGAGUUGGAAUCAGUGGCCAAGAAGGGAUGCAAGCCGUCAUGUCAAGUGACUACUCUUUUGGGCAAUUCCGCUACCUCCAAAGACUGCUGCUGGUCCAUGGACGAUGGUCUUACAUUAGGAUGUGCAAGUUCCUAAGAUAUUUUUUCUACAAAAACUUUGCUUUUACGCUAGUCCACAUCUGGUAUUCAUUCUUUAACGGCUUUUCUGCCCAGACAGCAUAUGAAGACUGGUUCAUCACGCUGUACAAUGUGUUGUAUUCUAGCCUCCCGGUUCUUCUAGUUGGCUUGCUUGACCAGGAUGUGAGUGACAAAUUGAGUCUUCGGUUUCCUACGCUGUAUGUUUUGGGACAGAAAGAUUUACUUUUUAACUACAAGAAAUUCUUUUUAAGUUUGCUUCAUGGAGCUAUAACUUCAUUGAUCAUCUUCUUCAUACCGUAUGGAGCUUACCUUAAAACUAUGGGACAAGAUGGAGAAGCACCUUCAGAUUAUCAGUCAUUUGCUGUCACAGCAGCAUCUUCUCUUAUAUUUGUUGUCAAUUUCCAGAUUGGCUUGGACACAUCUUACUGGACUUUCGUUAAUGCUUUUUCAAUAUUUGGGAGUAUUGCACUUUAUUUUGGGAUCACAUUUGACCUCCACAGUGCUGGAAUCCAUGUUCUCUUUCCUUCUGGCUUUCAGUUCACAGGAACUGCUCCAAAUGCUCUGAGACAACCGUACCUCUGGCUGACCAUGAUUUUAUCAAUUGCGAUUUGCUUGCUUCCUGUAGUGGCAUGGCGUUUCUUUUCCAUGACAAUCUGGCCUUCGGAAAGCGAUCGAAUUCAGAAGAACCGAAAGAAAUACAUGGUGGAAGAACAGCAGUGGAAGCGAAGGCAGAGUGCUUUUCGCCGAGGGAUAUCUGGCCGUCGCUCUGCUUACGCUUUCUCCCACCAGCGGGGAUAUGCUGAUCUGAUUGCUUCUGGACGCAGCAUACGGAAAAAACGGGCUCCUUUAGAUGCCGUCCUGGGCAACAGCGUGACCGACGUCAGAGAUGUUCAUGAAACAAGCUGA